AUGCCAGAGUAUGAAGCCCUGUCGUAUACCUGGGCGGAUGAGAAUGGAGACACUUCGAAAUGUGAGAGGGCUUAUAUCGGGAAGCGCUGGGAUAUUCUCCCGAUUACCAGAAAUUGCCACAAUGCCCUCCGCCGUUUGCGUUACUCCGGUAGGAGUAGACCGCUAUGGGUCGACGCCAUCUGCAUCAACCAAAGUGACGUGGGUGAGAGGUCCCAUCAAGUUGGUAUCAUGCAAGACAUUUAUGCAACAUCAAUCAGAGUUUUGAUAUACUUGGGGGAAGACCAAGGAAACAUGGAACCCCCCAGCUCACCUCCGUGGAAUUUCGACAAAUGGAACACGUUGAAUGGGAGAUCUUUGCCUGCGCACAAAGACCUCACACAACUAUCAUAUUUCAAGAGAGUAUGGGUGAUCCAAGAGAUAGCUGCGAAGCGCAAGCCUUGGGUUCUCUUUGGAACGCACGGUGACCAAUGGGAUCACUUCCUUGAACGGGUAGAGACUAAGGCCAACAAAAAAACUGUAGGCGAUCCGUACACAAGGAGAACAACUGCUAUCUCUGACGGGAAUCAGCUUCCUCGAAAGACAAAGUGGGUACACGUGCUUCCUCGGGGAAAACUCAUGGAUCUAGCAGAGCUUCCAAGAUUUGUGGUUGCCACAGCUGACUGCGAGGCCACAGACCCUCGGGACAAGAUAUUUGCCUUGUUGGGUCUUUUUCAAGGCGCAAAACAAGCUGAUUUGAUUGCGGACUACUCUCUCAGCAAGGAGCAGAUGCCGAGAAGGGCCCCGGGCAUCCUGGCGGGCGAACUCUAUCGCAUGUCAGGGUAUCGUUCGGCAGGAAGUGUACCAGACUGGGCCGAGUUUACCGACGAAGUUUUCCAAAUCAGUGGUCUUCAAGAUCACGUGGUAGUGCUUCGGCCUGUCGCAUCGGCGCCAAAGGUCCCCAAAGUAUUUCGAUUCGUUGCCGUUGCACAACAGCCCAAGAUUGAUCGCUUGACCGAAUGUGUCAACUUGAUCAAUCGUAGAAUCAUAUUGUUAUUCUCUACAUGGCAGUAUGUACUCAAAAGAGGAAGCGGUGGCGAACUAUGGUUUCUCCAGCAAACAUGGGACACGAUCAAAGCCAUGUGCCAGCAGAUCAAGCAGUUCUGGAGUUUUGUAGAAACAACAGGACGUUUCUCGGAUGACUUGGAAGCUUUCGACAAUUAUAAACAUUUAUCUGACGGAAGGAAAAUCCCUCACAAGAUCCCUACCCAGCAGAGGCCGUCGUAUCGGGACUAUAUACAACUGAGUGAGAUGGCUGUCCGUGAUCAGAUGGAGCUUGACGCAUGUGCUAGGCGCUCCCUUGACACAAGAGAACUAGAGGACAUGAAAGCCGAUGACAUGGGCUCAUUACGCCUCCUUGGGCGAAGUCUCUUGACCUCCAUUUACGUCUAUAAGCAACAACCGGCGCUUCAGACUUUGCCAAGGCAAGGUUCUCUAUACAAUCUCAGGGAGGACGAGGGGAUCUGUGAGAGACUUCUACGAGAAAAAGCGGAUCCCACCACCAAUCGUGAUGGCAGUGCCACAUAUACUACGUACGAAGCGUCCUUCCGCUCUUCAAUGAGCAGCACAGGACUUGCGGCGUUUCUUAGCUGGGAAUUGGGUGUAAGUGGCGGUAUACCAACAGCAGAAGGGGGGGUUUUGGAGAAAAACAAAAGUGACAGCCAUGAGCGCAAGUUCACAUGGAUUCAUAAUUAUCCUUCCCUGCCAAGCCUGAGAGACUUUUUCUCUUCGCUUGACAAUGUCUUCAAGAAAUCCUACCGAAAACAGCUGUUUCAACUUGGGUCGUUAGACGACUUUGUCCGAUCGCUUCUGAGUCUGGAUUUGGAUCAAAAAGUCAUGCAUUUCGCCGUCUGGGAAGGGAACAACAGAAUGGGGUAUCAAAGAGAUAUGCGGCGCGACGGAGUGAUCCCGUGGCUACAUGAUUUUCUGAACCUAGAUUCAGACACAUUGCACAAAGGAGGAGGCCGUUCAAGGAGUUAUUUGAAUACUUGGGCGGCCGACUUCAUGCACAUCUGGGCCCUCCUCACGAAGGGCAGUUGCCUCAACUCUCCUGCGGAGUCUGCGGACCCCCGACCUGACAAUUCAGAGGAUCAGAUGGAGCAGGGACAAGACCAUCUGGCUGCAGCAAAGGUGAAGUGGGCACCGCUGCUUGACCCCAUAAGAGAGACAGAGGCGCAUUUACUCCCUUUCGAGAAGGUAUUCGUCGGAACGAACGACACCCAUGACGAAAAAAUGGAAAAUGUCCCCUGA